UAUAAAUUCAACAUCACAGGAUAAUAAUAUAAAUCGACAAAUUUUUGUUGAAUCUCCACAACAGAUUCACACAGAUCUACAAUGGAUGAAUAAUAAUAAUAUAAAUCUACUAUCACAGGAUAAUAAUACAAAUACAGGAUUUUUAAAUAAUAGUAUAAAUUCAACAUCACAGGAUAAUAAUAUAAAUCGACAAAUUUUUGUUGAAUCUCCACAACAGACUCACAUAAAUCCACUACCACAGGAUAAUAAUACAAAUAUACCAUUAUUGGAUAAUAAUCAAAUAUCAUAUCCACCAUUGUUUUAUACGUAUUCAUCGAUUUAUAAUAUAGAUCUGAAUCAGUCGUACUCACUACAUCAUACAAAUUCAUCGAUUAAUAUACAUCCACAAUCAUUUGAUAAUAACCAAACAUCAUAUUUGCAACAACUUGAACCAAUUUCUCAAUUACCAAAUUACCCAGAUCUAGUUACAUAUCCUUCUAACGAACAACCGGUUUAUAUGACAUUACAGCCCGAAUAUGGAGUAUUGAAGAUGAAUGCACAUAGUAUUCCAACUAGCAUACAACCGAAAAAGGAUAAGCAACCUGACAUGAUUCGACGUCGACAAAAAAAAAAAGCAGAAACCAAAAAAGCAGAAACCAAAGAAGUAGAAACCAAAAAAGCAGAAACCAAAAAAGCAGAAACCAAAAAAGCAGAAACCAAAAAAGCAGAAACCAAAAAAGCAGAAACCAAGCGAAAACACACUACUAAUGCAUGUCAUACGUGUCGCAAAGCACGUCUAAGAUGUAAAAAAGAAAAAAACUCUACUUCUUGCAAUAGGUGUAUUGAAGAGAAUAAGCAAUGUACUUUUGAUAAAAAUCCGGGAAAACGAGGUCGCAGACCUGGUAGCAAAAAUAAACCUAAGGAAAAUGGAACAGAAAACUGUGAUAUCAUUUCUACUGAUAAUAUUGUCAACGUUACUAAACCAUGCCACCAUGGUAACAAUGAAGUAGUAGCUGAUAACCUUAAUUUAAAUGGUCUUUUUGAUACUUUGAAUGCAGAAACAGAGCAAACACAAGAUGAUGUUGACGUUGACACUCAUGUCAAUAAUAAUAUUAAUGCGCCUGUUUCUGAUGAUGGUAGUGGUGGUGACUUGCAAGGAGGUAAUCAUCAUUUGCAACAAUCACUGCUUAAAGGCCUGUACUUCACCAAACUCAAUCUAUGA